UUCACAUUUAUCUGUGAAGAUAAGCAGGCGGGGAGAGAAAUUAAACUCGUCUGAAUUAUUCAACAUCAAGUCCUACCUAUCAUAAUGCAUUGCCUGAAAAGUCUACGGACGGCCAAUCCGGGAAUUUUGCAGCUGUUUAAAAAUGCAGUAAUAUCCGCCAGAUUUGGAGCUGACAUCUCCAGGAGUCAGCAACCUGUUCCUCUCCUCAACUGGACAGCAACACUUCACACCCACAGAGCCUUUAAUCUUCAUCAAAAUGUCCCUGAUGAAGACCAAGGACGUUCCAAAAGCCGGCUCAUGUCCAGCAUGGAGGACCUACUUUUUUACACCAUCACCGACGGGAAAGACAUGAUCCCCCUCUCUCAGUUCAUCUCAGCUUUAAGAAGAACAGGUUUGUUGACAUCUGACCCUCGGCUGCGGGACUGUGUCUCUCAGAUGAGACAGUCCACUCGUGAUUCAAUGGGACCAGUAAUGAUGGACAAAAAACUUUUUAGAAGGUGUGUUGGGAACAACAUAAUGCUGCUGACUAAGGCUUUUAGAAAAAACUUCAUCAUCCCUGACUUUGAGGAUUUUACCCAACAGAUCAACAGGAUGUUUGAGAGUGCACAUCAACAAGGAGGGGGACAUGUAGCCAAUUACAUUCCUCAGUUGGCUAAGUUCAGCCCGGAGCUUUGGGGCGUAUCUGUUUGCACCAUUGAUGGACAGAGAUAUUCAGUGGGCGACACCAAGAUUCCCUUCUGCCUGCAGUCCUGUGUGAAGCCACUCGAGUACGCCAUCGCCGUGCACGAGCUUGGCACUGAACAUGUUCACCGCUUUGUGGGCAAGGAGCCCAGUGGCUUCAAGUUCAACAAACUGUCGCUAAACGAGGAAGAUAAACCACACAACCCCAUGGUAAAUGCUGGAGCUAUCGUUAUUAGCUCUUUGUUGAAGCCUCAUUCAAAUAAAGCAGAGAGGUUUGACUAUGUGAUGGAGUCCUUGAAAAGUAUGGCAGGUACAGAAUAUGUGGGAUUCAGCAAUGCGACUUUCCAGUCUGAGAGGGAGACUGGUGAUAGAAAUUAUGCAAUUGGUUAUUACCUGAAAGAAAAAAAGUGCUUCCCUGACGCUGCAGAUAUGAUUGGAGCCCUGGACUUCUACUUUCAGUUGUGCUCCAUCGAGGUAACCUGUGAGUCUGGAAGUGUCAUGGCUGCCACACUAGCCAAUGGAGGCAUUUGUCCAAUCACGGGCGAUCGUGUGCUCAGUGAUGAAGCUGUUCGCAACACAUUGAGUCUAAUGCAUUCCUGCGGGAUGUACGACUUUUCCGGGCAAUUUGCCUUUCAUGUGGGGCUGCCAGCAAAAUCUGGAGUUUCGGGUGCUGUUUUGCUGGUGGUUCCCAAUGUUAUGGGCAUGCUGUGUUGGUCCCCACCAUUGGAUCGACUCGGAAAUAGCGUCAGAGGAAUUCACUUCUGUCAAGAGCUAGUGUCUUACUUCAACUUCCACAAUUAUGACAACCUGAGGCACUUUACCAAGAAACAGGAUCCCAGGAGACGAUCAGACGACGAUCCAAACAAGUCAGUCGUUAACUUGAUGUUUGCAGCGUACAAUGGUGACGUCUCUGCUUUGAGGAGGUUUGCCCUCUCAGCUGUUGACAUGGAGCAGAGGGAUUACGACUCUCGUACAGCUCUCCACAUCGCUGCUGCUGAAGGUCAUGAAAGUGCUGUAACGUUCCUGACAGAAGUGUGUAAAGUGAAUCCCUACAUUAAAGACAGAUGGGGCAACACACCCCUCGAUGACGCCAUGCAGUUUGGCCAUGAUGUUGUUGUUUCAGUCUUGCAAAAGUACCAACAUAUGUACACAGACAGCGACUCAUCAAGCAGCACAGAGGAGCAGAGCAACGCACUGGACACGAUGAAGAGCACUGUUUUAAAAAGAUUAUGAAGGUUUGGAUUUGCAAAGCUUCUGUUGCACAACUGAAAUGAAUCACGGGACAGAAGGUAAAUGGGAGAACUGAUGAAUGGUCGACUUUAUUCUCUAUUUAUGGGAUAUUGCAAUUUUUUUUUUUGUGUAACGGAAAAUUUAUUUGGGUGACUGAAGUCACAAUCAAUUGAAGGGUUAUGCUUUUUGCUUUAGAUAGCAACAGAGAAGUCUGAAAUUUUUGUUUUUUUUCCCACCCAAAGGCUAUAAAGUCUGUACUUUUUAUUAGGUGUGUGGAACAUUGUAUCAAUUUUGAUAAAACGAUGCUAUGUACCAGCAUUUAGAAACCAACGGCAUAUCUGUGCAGAAUAAAGGUUUAGUGAAUGAACAUACUACAGUACUACAUCGAUAAACAAUGAGUUGCUUAUUAUUACUAACUUACCAUGAUUUGGUUGUGUUGUAAUGUUGUUUUUUGUGCAUGGUAAAUGUUACUGAGAUGUAAAUAUGUAAUAAUUGCAAUAUUUAUUUUUGAAAUCUUGAGAUGUUGUAUGUUUUACUUUGGCCCCAUUCACACUGGAAUGAGAUCACUGUAUGACAUAAAAAUUCAGCCAGUGUGUUGACACUCAGCAGAGUAUUGAAUAGGUUUUCUGGAGUUCACAAGGCUACCCAAUACAUGUAGUAGAAAAUUAUCUUAUUGUUUUCAGUUUGCACAAAACACAUGUAGAACCGUCAUGGUGAUUCAUUGUCAUAGCAGCAGCAUAUUGGCGUCCUGGAUGCAGAAUGGUGAUGGCAGUGGUAGCAUACCCAUAAAGUGGGGUCAAAAUACACCUGAAUGGCUUGGUCAGAACAUUUAAAUCAGGACUUGCCAUGCUACCAUUAUGCCCACACCAAACUCUCAAAGUUGCAGCAAUGCUCCUGGAGGUGGGGCUGCUAUGUGCAUCGCUUCUGCCGAAGCUUUAAAUUCAUCCAAGAUGCACAAUACAUCUGCAACAAAUAAGCCUCACUGUCUGCACACCAUCUCACACUAAGUCCUGUUUCACAUAGAAAGCCGUACAGGAAGCAACACCGUCCAGGAGAAAGAAAAGAGAUGUGCACACACCUCCAAACCUAGCUUGGAUGUGCUGGUUGCUGGGAGACUGAUAGAAAUGUUUAGCCUACUUUGAAUGCAGUCCUGGCAUUUUAUUUACUAUAAUCUAAUCUAUAAUGUAAAUAUUAUUUUAUUUUAGUGUAGUUUGUAAUAUAUUGUGAUUAAUAUGUAAAAAUGUAAUAUGUAAAUAUAAUACUUAAAUAUCUUCAGAGCAACACAUAUGCAAUACAACUUGCUUUCACACUGAAGGAGGUUUUCCUAACUUGCAGGAAUCCAACCACCUUCUAAAAGAUAAUUAAAAUUGUAGCGGGGAUUCAUUCAGUGUGGACAGGGUCCUAAUUAGUAUAUUCUGUAGAUAUUUCAUUAAUGAUUUAUUUGAAAGGGGCCUGAAAGCUACUGAAGACUGUUUUGUUGAGGCACUUCAAUAUCCUUGUUUUGAUUCCAAUCAGCUAUUUUGUUGUUUUAUCGAUAUGUAAAUGCUCUGUGUGGUGUUUAGCUUUUCAAUACUCUGUAUAAACAUCUUGUUUUAUGUUUUUGCUUUUUAUUGGGAUGCUCCUAUUGUGAGAUUCUGGGCCAAAACUGCUGGUAAAAAUAAUACUUAAACCAGUCAGUUACACUGAUAGCCUACCAAAUAUAUACUUUUCAUUACUUCUCAUUAAAAACAGGGCAAACAGUCGCUACCUAAAUCUCCUGUUUUAUUCUAGGUUUUGAAACCAUAAUAAUGUAUUUCCGAAACUUUGGCACCUUUAAUAUAACAUUUAUCUUGUACAGUUUGACUGAAAAACAAUGUAUAUUUGGUCAAGAUAAAAACAUUAAAAAGUUAAAUAACCUUGAUGCGCACCCUUCAAGUAAUACAUUGCUGAAACAUUUAAUGUUAACACAGCAUUCAGUCUUUAUGCUUGCAUCUUAACUUGAUAGAUUUCCCACUAUGCUUUUUAAAAGUCUCCAUAUCUAUCAGUUGGAACUGCUCACAAUUUCCUACAUCUUGUAAAAAUAGCCCGUGUUGUGGAAUUUUCUUAUCAAAGUAGGUAGAAGUUGACUCACAAGAAUAGAAAAUCUGGACUUUGUCUUUAUAAGUUUUAUUCAAAGGCAUUAAGCGUUUGAAGACCCUGACACUGAGGUUAG